AUGAUGUAUAAUUUGUCUUAUGGUGGUGCAAAAGCAGAGGAGAAGCCUAGUCCUUAUAGUCAAUCAGCAUUGAGUGGUUAUCUUCAAGGUAUCUCUUCAUAUAUUCCCUCCAGUAUAAAGUCAACCAUCAAAAAGCAAAUAUAUACAUCUCCAUCGAUUACCGAAGGUGAAAAAGACACCAUUGUCAGUACAUAUUUUGAUGAGUGCGAAAUUUUGGGAAAAAAACACAAACUAUUGAAUAUAUGUUAUAAUAAUGGAUUUCAAAUAUGGGAUUUAGAUAAUCCAGAUGGUGUAAAGGAGUUGUUCUCUUUGCGUGAAGGAAUGAUUCGAUUUGUCAAGGUAUUAAAGACACCGGCCGAAAAAGAACCACCCAACUCUAUUUACUAUGGAAAGCGACCGUUGCUAGCAGUGGUGAGUGGUGAGGACAACUCCAAGGUAACUCGAAACAUGGUUAGAAUCUUUAGUUUGAAGACGUGUGAGCUCUUCAAUAUGAGCAAGUUUCAGACACCCGUUUACAAUGUCAUCUCCAAUGAAAAGAUAUUCCUGGUGGUGCUGAAGGAGCGUAUCGUUGGAUUCAACCCGGUGACAAUGGCAAAGGUGUUGUCACUCUCUACGUUCCCGUCCGCAGCCAAUUCAUUUGGUGUCGUCGCACUCGGUCCGCGUUGGCUUGCCUAUACCGAUUCCGCAGGUGGCGCCGGUCACAUGUCGACCUCUCCGAACUCAUCGUCGUUGGCAUCAGUAGGUCCGUACAUUCAGCACCUGAAAUCCUAUCAACAGCACAACCAGAACUUUAGCGAUACAGCAGUCGAUGUUGCAACCGAUCUAGCGAAGGAAGUUGCACAGAAACUCUAUUACUUUGGCGAUAUCGGUAGAAAGAAAGUUUCCAGUUAUCUCUACCCAGAGGACAGCCCCUCUUCACAUGUUUCUGCGAAUCCACACCAGGAAUACAUUCAGGAAAACAACUGUGUCAUUGUCAUCUAUGACUUUAUAAAACAACGCCAAGUUGCUGUAAUUAAGCCACCACAUCCACAACCCGUUUCUUAUUUAAAUUUCGAUCCAAGUGGUACUUUGUUAUUUACAUCUUCAACUGAAGGAACUAAACUCAAUGUCUAUCAAAUAAUGCCAUUCACCAAUUCAUUGUCUGUAAAUCCACAAAGUAACCCUGAUCCUUCACAUGCCUUUAGACAUAUUUAUGUCUUGAAAAGAGGAAUUACCAAUGCUUCAAUUCAAGGAUUAAGUAUUAAUGAUACCUCUAAAUGGGCUGCUCUUACCACCUCAAGAGGAACAACACAUAUAUACGCUAUUAAUCCACUUGGUGGUGAUGUAAACAUUCAUUCACAUAUUGUCAAAAGUUCAAAAACCAAACCAAGAGAUUAUAUGUCCGAAAUUCCAAAUGCUCAUCCAUCUCUAAUGACUUUAAGUGCGAUGGAUAGAAUUAAAUUAGGAAAUACAAAAGAUGAAUCGAAUCAAUCAACUCAAUUGAAAGUUCCAUCUAAUAUCACUGCCGGAAACAGUUGUUUCCUAGAGACAACCAAUCAAGAUCUUGAAAAGUUAUUUGUUGUCAAUCAGAAUGGUCAAUUGAUUCUCUAUGAACUACGGCCACACCCACCCACCACUCUCGAAGUCGAUCCAAACACUUUGUGCAUGUCUUUGAACCCAAUUCACGAAUGGGAUGUCUGUAGAAAAACAAGAUCAAGCGAGUUCAAGAGUACAACCAUACCAUAUAAUGAAAAAAAUAAUGAAGAAAUCGUACAGGAUUCAGAAGCUAGAUGGUUGUUUAAUGUUGAGAUUACAACUCAUAGUCAAGAGAUACGUCCAAUCUGGGGUAACACUCAGUUUUCAUUUAGAAACUCAUCAUACAAGCCCUCACCUGAUUCAUUAUCUUUCUUUGAUGAGGACUACCCGAUUGGUGAAGUUAUCAAAAUAGAAAAGAAAAAAUCAAAUAUCUCUUCUCCACGAUCAGAGUCUGAUGAUAUUGAAAUUGUAAAUUUGUCCGAUAUUAAAAAGAAUGAAGAGUUGGAAAUGGAAAGUGAAAUGGAAUUGAUGAAGCAAUUGGAUCAAGCAAUCAAGACACCGUUGUCGUCUGGUGCACCGCUCUAUCCACAGUUGACCAACAGCAAUGUCAGCGAUAGUUCUCCUUACAUGGGUAUGGGAGGUGUGGGAGGAGGUAUGACCAAUGGAGUCUCCAUGAAUGGAUAUCACAAUGGAUCUCCUACCAAUCCCAUUGGCAUUCCAAAGCCCAUCUCUGCAAACUACAAUGACAUAUACAGCCAGAGUCCAGACACACCGAUCUAUCCAAUGAAGCCACCUUUUACCUAUGAUGACUACAGCUAUGAACCUGCUAAAUUGAACAACGAUUUGCUCCCUCUUCCAAAAUCAUCUGGUUCUUCUGUAACAUCUACUACCACCACUACAACCACCACUACCAAUGCCAAUGGAAAUAGUAACAACAGCUAUCCACCUAUCCCAACCACGAUGCCACCAACCUACAAGAAGACAUUGGAUUUGGACGAUCCAUUACCAGUCAUUAGUUCAUCUCCAAGUAUUCCAAUCCCAAAGAAACAACAACAGCAACAACAACAGCAACUCUCUGAUAAUGAUUUGAGUAGCUCAACCACCAGCAGCAAUUCAUCAGCUUCUGCAUCAUCCACCAAUGCUGCAACAUCUCCUACUUCUCCAAACUCCAAAACACUCUUUACCAAUAACUCAAAAUCAAAAAAAUCAGGCAAAAAAUAA